AUGGCCCACGAGCAUGCGAACGAACUUCCCGACAUCACCCAGGCCUGUUUGCCGACGUUCUCCUUCCUGGGCGUUACACCUCUCGACACGAUUGAUGCGUCGUCCAUAGCCCGAACAUGGUUCUCAGCGUUCUCGCAAUCCAUCUGCGCUGGAAACGUUGAUGCCGUCGUAGCGCUCUGCUUCCGCGAGGUCUUCUGGCGCGACCUACUCGCUCUGACUUGGGACUUGCGCACCAUCUACUCGACUCAUCGCGUGAAACCUUUCCUCGCCGAGAGGCUCCCCUUCGCCAAGCUCUCGAAGAUAGAGCUGAAUGAGGCUAGCGCGCAACUGCAGAAGCCCUUCGAGGAUGUUGCAUGGAUACAGGCAGAGUUUGCUUUCGAGACCGCGGUCGGGAAGGGCGUGGGGAUGUUUAGGCUCAUACAGACUCCCGAAGGAUGGAAGGCACAUGCGAUACUCACUGCGCUCGAAGAUUUAAGCGCCUGCACCAGCCUCGCUGGGUCCCGAGAUCCCGAUAUACAUCACCGUGGAUGGCGGAACCGACGCAGGCAGGAGCUUGAGUGCAGUAGUGCCGAGACGCACCCGAAGGUUCUCAUCGUCGGCGCUGGUCUGUGCGGACUGAUAUUGGCUUCUCGGCUCAAGGCGCUCGGGAUAAAGCCUCUUCUGGUCGAUAAGAGCGAACGCAUAGGAGACACGUGGAGGAACCGGUACGACAGCUGCUGUCUACACAGCCCCGUCUGGUUUGACCAAAUGCCCUACUUGCCAUUCCCGACGACAUGGCCCAUCUUCCCUCACGCGUACAAGCUCGCCGACUGGCUCGAGAGCUACGCCAACGCUCUUGAGCUUGAUGUCUGGACCUCAUCCAAGGUUGCUCAUGCAACUCAGGAUCCUACAUCGUUGGAGUGGACUGUGGACAUUGUUCGCGACGGCCAAAACGUGAAGCUCAACGUCCCUCAUCUUGUAUUCGCGACCGGUGUCGGAGGUGGUGUCCCUAACGUUCCCAGCAUACCAGGCUCGGAGCUGUACAAGGGACAAGUCCUGCAUGCCAGCAGUUUCAAGACAGGCAAGGACUUCACCGGGAAAAAGGUCAUAGUGGUCGGUGCGUGCACAUCAGCCUUCGACGUCUGCAGCAACCUGUAUGACAAUGGCGCCGAUGUCACCAUGUUCCAGCGCAGCUCGACCUACGUAGUCUCGAGUGCUGCCGUUGGUGUAGUCCUCGCCCCACUGUACCACGAAGGCGCGGACCCCGACCACUCGGAUCUGAUUGGCGCUUCCUUCCCGAACUGGCUCUCGAAGGGCAUGCAUCAACGAGUCGCGGUCGGGCUAGCGCAGAUGGACAAGGAGAUUCUCGACGGGUUGAAGUCCGUUGGCUUCCGUCUGAACUCGGGCAUGGACGGCGCAGGCUUCCUGCUUCUCGCUGGCGAGCGUCUGGGCGGAUUCUACCCCGAUGUCGGAGGGAGCAAGUACCUCAUCGAUCACAAAGUGAAGCUCAAGAACGAUGCUCAGAUCAAGGGGUUCUCAGCAUCCGGCCUUGUCUUUGACGAUGGGUGCUCACUCGAAGCUGACGCUGUCAUCUUCGCCACAGGUUAUGGCGAUACCCGCGAAGCAUAUCGUUCAGUAUUGGGCGACGAAGUCACUGCGAAGCUCAACCCGCUCUGGGGUCUCGACGAUGAGGGAGAGAUACAAGGCGCCUGGCGCGACUCCGGAGUACCACAUAUGUGGUGCAUGUCGGGCAACCUCGCCAUGAGCCGGUUCUUCUCGAGGCACCUCGCACUUCAGAUCAAGGCGAUCGAGGAAGGUGUCUGGGACGGCUUCGACCGUUAUCAGAGCCGUUGA